UUUAUUUUUCCAUUCUUUCAGCACACACUCACCGGCCACAGCGGCAAAGUGAUGGCAGCCAAAUAUCUGCAAGAGCCCAUCAAAGUAGUGACGGGCAGCCACGACCGAACGCUGAAGGUAUGGGAUCUCCGUAGCAUAGCGUGCAUUGAAACGAAAUUCGCCGGCUCCAGUUGUAAUGACCUCGUGACCACCGACAGUCUAGGCUCGACCAUUAUAAGCGGGCAUUAUGACAAAAAACUACGCUUCUGGGAUAUAAGAACAGAGAAGCAAGCGGAUGAUAUAUUAAUGCCAGCGAAGAUCACGUCGAUUGACAUGACGAAGGAUGGCUAUUACCUAAUUUGUUCCAUUAGAGACGACACGAUAAAACUAAUAGAUUUACGUAAGAAUCAAAUAAUUUCCUCAUUCAGUCACGAGAACUUCAAACUCAGCUGUGAUUGGGCGCGUGCCUCAUUCAAUACGUGCGGUUCGAAGCUGGCGUGUGGUUCAGCGGAUGGUCUAGUUUAUAUUUGGAGUAUUUUGGGCGAUUUGGAAGCGACGCUGAAAGGUCACAACUCUGCGGUAAACGCGGUCAGUUGGUGUCCCAACAGCAAUGCGCUAGCGACGGUUGGUAAAGGUAAACGCUGCAUCAUCUACACCGAAUCGUAGCUGCGAGAGGCAGCAGUAAGAGCCGGAGAGGCGACUUCGAACAAUGCAGGGGUACACACCACAGCAGGGAGAGAGCUGAAAUAUCUCAGCAGUGGCACCACUGUGCUGAAAACUAAAGAAAAAAAGCAGAUACAGUUAAGCCUAGAAGAACAACAGCAACAAUAGCUCCAGCUUGUGACGAUUCUUAUGCGUAUUUGUAUGUUAAAAUCAACUAUUAGCGCUUUGUCUUUUGCAUCUGUUGCAACCGUUAACUGUAGUGUUUUAUGUCUUUCUUUAAGUCUUAUUUUAUAAGUAACUGCUGUAGGGGAGAAUUCAAAGGUUAAUAUUGUUGCGAAAGUUUAUCAACUGAAAGUUAGCCUUUGUAAAAGUAAAAGAAAAAAUUAUUAAGAUUGAAAACACAUACAUAUUAACGCUAAAAUUAUUUU